AUGGAGGUAGCCAGCGGGAGUGAGGUGGCCGGUGGGAGCGAGGCAACCAGCGACAGCGAUGGCAGCGUGCAGCAGCGGCGAGGACUAUGGGUUGGCAGGUACGCACAAGCGGGAGGUGGUGUUAUUCAUGAUCAUCAGGGGACUACUAUUGCUACCUAUGCGGGUAGCCUGAAGAAUCAUACUGUCACUCAAGCUGAGGGAAUGGCUCUCCUAUGGAGCGUGAAGUUCGCCACUGCUAUAGGUAUUAGACAACUGGAAAUUGAAGGUGAUUCUAAAGUUAUUGUGAAAGUUGUCAGUGGUAGAUUUGUAGCAGGUUGGAAAGUGGAAUCUAUUUUGAGGGAUGCAAGAAUGUUUCUGGCUAACCUUGAUUGUUUCACUAUCCGCCACAUUUUCAGAAAAGGGAAUGCGGCUGCUAACUCAAUGGCUAUUGUGGGUAGGCUACAAGAUGGCUUACGAUGCUAG